AUGGGCACCAGGGGAAUGAGCGUACCACUGAGUUGGUACAGCAGCGGUGCUACUGGCCUGGAAUGUCCUCAGAAGUGGCACGAUGGUGCCAGGAGUGUGAAAGGUGCCAAGUUGCUAAGCAUGGGGGUCCCACUGCCCGUAGUUUUUAUGGGCCAUUUGUUGGCAUCAAGACCUAACGAGAUCGUAGCCAUUGACUUUACUGUGCUUGAACCCUCUCGUUCAGGAGUUGAAAAUGUCAUCGUGAUGACUGAUGUCUUCACGAAGUACACCAUGGCUAUUCCCACACGGGACCAACGGGCGGAGACUGUGGCCCGGGUUCUUGUGGCCGAGUGGUUUUACAAGUUUGGGGUCCCUGGUCGGAUUCAUUCCGAUCAGGGCCGUAACUUUGAAUCCUCUCUCAUCCAGCAGCUCUGUCAGUUGUACAAGGUCGAGAAGUCUCGCACUACUCCUUACCAUCCGGCUGGUAAUGGCCAAUGCGAGCGCUUCAAUAGGACGUUGCAUAAUCUCCUCCGUACAUUGCCUGUUUCUCGGAAGAGGGACUGGGUGUCUUGCCUUCCACAAGUACUUUUCUGUUAUAACACCACCCCGCAUCAGACCACUGGUGAGUCUCCAUACUUCCUAAUGUUUGGGCAAGAACCACGGCUCCCAGUUGACUUUUUGUUGGGCAGAGUCCAGGAGGUGGGGGUAGGUAAUGUUCAUGAGUGGGUUGUGGAACAUCAAACUAGGCUCCAUGUGGCCUUUGAAGGGGUACGUGAUCGGCUAAGGGUGGCCGCGGAGAGACGUAAAACACAUCAUGAUCAGAAUGUGCGGUGUGUGUCACUUGAGGAGGGCCAGUUGGUUUACCUCCGUGAGUGUGGCAUGAGAGGUCGCCAUAAGAUCCAAGACUUGUGGAGCCCAGUUGUGUAUAAAGUAGUGAAGGCACCUGUUGAAGGGGGUUCAGUAUAUACAAUUGCACCGGUUGAUGAGUUGGGUAAGGUAAGGCAUGUUCAUCGCUCUUUGUUGAAGGCUAAGAUUUUAGGGGACCGUCCAGUUUCGAGCCCUCAGGAUAGGCCUUUGGUGGAGGGGGCGCUGCCUUUAGAGGAUGAGCCAGACGAGGGCGAUUUGCUACUGUUUGUCCCUGAAACCCCCCAGGCUCAGAGUCCGGCUGUUAGUAAUUUAGUCCCUGCAGCUGUCCAAGCUCCCUUGGAUAUCUUGGACCCUUGCCCCCCUGUGACGGUACCUGGGAUACCAGUAGCCCAAGGACAACACCGUUCUGGAGAAAUGGGUCUCGCUCCGGGAUCUGUUACUGUGUCUGUAGGCCCACCAGGCACUGAGGUAAUGGCUUUGCGGAGAUCAACGAGACCCAGAGCAGGCCAGCACUCCAAUGUCCAUCACCUGCCACGGUCAGUGGAGGUGCCUGGUGAGGCUGUGCCCCUAGGUGGGUCUGUCUCUAGUGGGAUCUCUGUCAUUUACAGGCCUUGGAAUUGAUAAGUAGGGUUGCCGUAUUCUAUCGUCGGGGCGACGAUACAAAAAAGUAGGGGUAGAUUGUGGCAGAUUAGUCAGAUCCUCCCUGUAGUGAUGUCAUGUUAUUGGUAGCCUAUCUUCCCGCAGGGAGGUGUGUAUAAAUGGCUGUUUGGUGCGGGCCGGAUGUGCGUCAUCUGUUCUGUGCCUGCGCUCUUCCUGUUUACCGGCAUUCAACAGAGGUCUGUGGUUAAAACACAGCCGUUUGGGCAUUUUAACACCGCUUGUGUCAUUUUGUGGGGCUUUGCGUACACUGGAGAGUCUAUUGUAAACAACCGUUACGUGCGGUCUGGCUCGUUACACUGCCUAGUCCCAGGUACGUAAGAUUUAGUAUAUUGCCAGAGGUUUUAGGUGAUGUGGUGUGGGGGUCAGCUAUGUUUAUCUUUACCGCAGCAUUCCCGUGUGUUUACCGUUUGAGUGGGGACAUCCAAUAUAUGCUGUUUGGCAUCUACUUCAUUUCUAUCCCGUGGAUACUGACGUCAGCUCUGCUUUCUGGUGUGGCAAACGGCUGCGUUAUUUGGAGCUGUGUGUCCGACGGCAGUGAGGCUUUCCUUCACCGUGUGCUGUGUUAUGCUGUGUGAGCACCACUGAUAAAAUCACGGGUAUUGGAGUGAGUGUGUGUGUGUGUGUGUGUGCACUUAGUGUGAUUCUCCUCUUUUGCUCCCUCUCUUAGCCCAUUUGAUGCCAAUAGGCUACAGCUCCGAAGUAAAUGUGAAUCCUUAUUGUGGAUUGUGAUUUCCAGCUUAGUAAUUGGCUGGGUGACUAUUAUUCCUGCAUUUUAAACUUUUGUACUAAUAAACAAACUCUAUUUUGC